GCACCUCCAGUCUGCCCAGAUGCAAAAUGCCGACCAGCAUUUGCCUUCUGAUGGUUUUUGACUCGGACAGGACUAUAGCCAUAAAGCAUGUUCACAACACGUGUUAAUUGACUAGGACAUAUGCCUGACUGAACAUACGUGUACUGUAAAAAAGGACUGAUGAAAUGGCCACGGCAUUCAACAACACGUGUAUUUCUUGUACUAAAUUUAUUACUGCCCUUAAUUAAAAGAAAAAAUUGACAACUGAACUGUUGGGGCAAGCAUUAAUCCAGAGUCCAGUGUAUGGUUAAUCUGUGCAAUAAGCUUCACUAAUUCGUAUUUUUGUAGUUUUAGCUUAGGUGAUAAAAGGGUUUGUUCUGAUUAUCAUGUUAACCCUAGUAAAUAAUGUGAAAUGUAUCUUUUAUGACAAAAAUUAGUUAAAUAAUCGACCAAAAAGAAAGAUGAACAUGAGCUUUUGUCAGUGUUUAUCAUAUUGUGGAAGGCUGGACCCAUCACGGAAGCAUAUAUAUCGAGAAAAUCUACAGAAAUAGAGUCAACAUCAGCUUUUUCGCUACCUGAAUUAUCCGAUGUACUUUUAGAUCAUAAAAGUAGCUGAGCAUGCACCGGCUUGCUACUAAAGCCGUCAAGGAGAAGAGAUUGCCAUCCCCAGCAAUACACAAACCAGAAAUCAAGAAGACAAGCAAUGGCAGGUCUCAUGAAAGCUUUAGUUGCAAUUCUUGUUUUAUGUCUUGCUACCAGAGGAUUAUGUGAUUGCUCAUUGAACAACAUCAACAUUGGCACAGUUCGAAGUGGAAGAGAAAUAAGUGGCAAGCCAGAAUGGAAUGUGACAGUGACAAACAACUGCAGAUGUGCUCAAAGCCAGAUAAAGCUGUCUUGCAUGGGGUUUCAAACAGUGGAAAGUGUUGAUCCAUCAAUCUUUGUGAAGAAUGGUGAUACUUGUCUACUUAUCAAUGGCAAUUCCUUGGAGGCAUCAGCUUCUGUCCAUUUCUCCUAUGCUUGGGAUCCUCCUUUUCUCUUGUUGCCUUUUGCAUCUGUUAUCCAUGGCUGUUAAAAUAAGAGUAUCUUGCAUUUACACACAUAUAAAGAUUAUAUGCAAAAGGGAUUUCAAUGCGGUUUAUAUAUUGAUGCUCCUGGUUAGGGUAAUUGAUGUUGCUCUUGUUA